UAUUAAUUAGUAUUGUCACAACUUGCAACUAGUCUAGCUAAUCUCGACAACCUCGUCCCAUCUUGGAAGGGCUUGGACGCAUCAACGUAGAUAUCCCAGCCGGGAGCAUCCAUCCCCUCUCUUCCCCGUCGAUCGGGGUUCAGCUACACGCCCACCUGCACACUCGCACCAUGUUCGCAGGACUGAGAGUCUCGUCAAGAUGGAGACUCCUAAGCCGACAAGCCCGCAUCGCGUUCAUCGCCAUAGCUCUCCUAGCUACCUGGGCGUUUGUAUCGGACGUCCGCUCGAAGUCUUCCUGGACGCACGGACUGGGUGGUUCAGGGUCUUCUUCAAGUUUGAACACAUCGAGUUCUAGUUCUAGUUUGCCGGGGGAUGAUACGCUGUGUUACGGAUGGACACCGCCUUCAUCCCCAGGAUCAGCAGCGGAUGGGAUGGAAGAGGAUCCUUUCAUCUCAAGAGGAUGUUGGAGGGCGGAAUGGUAUCAGCAGUUACGGUCGUUCGAUCACGAGCCGUUUGACGUCAGCAUGAACUUUCAACACGUCAAAGACCGUAACCAAGCCGCCCUCGCCCGGUUAGAGCGUUGUCUCGUCUCCACCGCCCCUACGCUCUCUGGGGUACCCCUACGACCAUCAUCUCAUAAACAACAUCGACAAUCUAAGUCUAAUCGAAAUCGAGAAGCAGGUGGACAAGAUGGAAUAAGAAUUGAAGCCGACGGAGAUGACGAGUGUACGGACGAAGCCUUCAAAGUCGUCGUCGGUACGUAUGCGUACUUUACGUUUGCGUUUAUCGAUCAGGGGGAGAGCGGGGAGACGGUCUGGUUGAGGAGUCAGAUCGAGAUGAUGAGGGAGAUGGGAGUCACCGUCCUGUGUUCGACAUCGUUACCGGGGACGAUCAGGAUGCACAGGACCAUGCCCGAUGUAAUCAAGAUGAUCUGGAUGCAAGACCUCCGCGCACUAGAAUGUCAAGCCGACCCGCGCUGUAUAGCCGAUUUCCGACCGACCCGAGUGACCUACCCGGACGCUCCGGAGAGCAUCAUGCAUAACAACCGUACACGCUGGCCAGAUCUGGAAAAGCCAGAGAACAACAUCGGGUACAAGUGGAUCUGGACGAAGGAAGAGGUGGAGAGGAUCCCACAGCGGGAAAAGGGGGAGAUUCCGUUGUGGAAGAUCUUUAUCGCGACGUUUUGGGGGACGAUGAGGGAAGCACCUCAUAUCUAUAACCCGCUCGAUGGAGCCUGGACGUUAGGGCCGUACAAGUAUGAAGGCGCGACGUAUCUACCGUAUUCCUACGAAAAGUACUGCGAAACCACGGCGGUCAAAGCUCAUGCCGAGAGACCCGAUCGUGCGUUGGUACUAGCCAAAGCGAACCACUACUUUGAUUACCCCUACGCCCCUUCACGUAAAGACUGGCCACUCAUUGUCGAGGGGACAGGGCUCGACUUUGUAACGACGGCCGUCUCGUGGAAAGGUCCGGACGAUCCGUUUGUCCUGCCCGAUGGUGUGCGUACGACGGGUACGGUAACGAGGGAGGAAUAUGCGGUCAUGCUGGGUGAAAGCAAGCUGUUGUUGGGGAUCGGCAGGCCAGCCAUCAGUCCGUCCAUUUACAUUGGUCUUUGCCUUGGGGUUCCCUCUGUCCUGCCUUACUUUACGGACGAGUUUCCGCCGGAAGGCAACGAUCUAAUGUUCGCGCAACACGGCCCGGCUCAACUCCUCGGUCCUCCUUAUGUCUACAGCUAUCGUCAUGGCAACGUCACUGAUCUCGUCGACAAGAUCAACCGAGCGAGCGCGCAGCCGAUAGAAUCAUACAUCGACCCGGAUAUGACGUGGGCGGCGGUGCGCUAUCACCUAUCUCGAAUGUUGAACAAGGAUUGGCGAGGGGAAGCCGAAGCGAUCAUCGAGGGCAAUGGCGGCGUGGUACCUGCUCCAACGGUCGAGUUUUUGCAGAGGUGUUUCGGAGAGCGGCAAUGCAAGACCAGCCUGGAUUACGACUCGAGACAUUAUCACAUGGGACCGCUGGUGACGACGUGAUCGGGAUUGUAUAUUGUACUUGUACUGGGUAUUCGAUCAUAGACGUA